AUGUCAUAAAUUUUACUUAGGCGGUACAACAGGCUGAAGAGGGACUGAAGGAACUGGACGCAGGAAUCACUGAAUUGAAAAGGCGUGGCGACAAGUUGCAGGUUGAGCAGGCUGCCGUGCAAGAACUCUCCAAACUCCGGGACAUGUAUGAUGAGCUAUUGAUGACCAUCAGCUCCCGAAGGAGCAACCUCAACCAAAACCUUGCACUGAAGAGUCAGUAUGAUAGAGCCCUGCAAGAUCUGGCCGACCUGCUGGAAACAGGACAGGAGAAGGUGGCAGGAGACCAGAAGAUCAUUGUGUCCUCACAAGAUGAAAUCCAGCAACUGCUGGACAAGCACAAGCCAAUAUUGCAGGAAUACUUUCAGGGCCUGGAGUCUCAUAUGAUUUUCACUGAAACACUCUUCAGAAAGACCAUCAGCUUUGCAGUUGGGAAGGAAACCCAGUUCCACAUAGAACUGAUGGCUCAGGCAUCCGCUGUGCUGAAGCAGGCUCACAAGAGAGGUGUGGAGCUGGAAUAUAUUCUAGAGACGUGGUCCCAUCUGGAUGAGGAUCUACAGGCGCUCAGCAGACAGCUGGAGGCGGUGGAAAACAGCAUCCUGAGUGUCGGCCUGGUGGAGGAGAGUGAGGACAGACUCAAGAAAAGGACAAGCCUCUACCAGCAUUUAAAAUCCAGCCUUAAUGAAUACCAGCCCAUAUUAUACCAAGUGUCAGACAAUGGAAAACGAUUUCUGAUGUCUGUCAGCUGUUCAGAUCUUGAAAGUCAGCUCAAUCAACUUGGAGAGCGCUGGCUCAAUAAUGCCAACAAAGUGUCCAAGGAACUCCACAGACUGGAGACCAUAUUGAAACACUGGACCAGGUAUCAAAGUGAGUCUUCAGAUCUGAGUCACUGGUUGCAGUCUGCGAAGGAAAGGCUCUCAUUCUGGACUCAGCAAUCUGUGACAGUCCCACAAGAACUCAAAAUGGUCCGUGAUCAUCUCAAUGCUUUCCUUGAGUUCUCUAAGGAAGUAGAUGCCAAAUCUUCCCUGAAAUCAUCAGUCAUGAGCACUGGAAAUCAACUUCUCAGGUUAAAGAAAGUGGACACAGCUGCCCUUCGUGCUGAGCUGUCCCGCAUGGACAGCCAGUGGACUAAACUACUGACGAAUAUUCCUGCCGUACAGGAGAAGCUCCACCAGCUCCAGAUGGACAAGCUGCCAUCCCGCCAUGCCAUUUCUGAGGUCAUGAGUUGGAUUUCACUAAUGGAAAGUGUUAUCAGGAAGGAUGAAGAGAACAUAAAAAAUGUAAUAGGUUAUGAGGCAGUUCAUGAAUACCUUCAGAAAUAUAAGGGUUUCAAGAUAGACCUGAACUGUAAACAGUUGACAGCAGAUUUUGUGAAUCAAUCUGUGCUACAAAUCAGCAGUCAGGAUGUAGAAAGCAAGCGCAGUGACAAGACUGACUUUGCUGAGCAGCUUGGAGCCAUGAAUAAAAGUUGGCAACUCCUGCAAGGCCAAGUGGCUGAGAAGAUCCAGCUGUUGGAAGGCUUGUUGGAGUCUUGGUCAGAAUAUGAAAAUAAUAUACAGUGUUUGAAAACUUGGCUUAACACACAGGAAAAGAAACUGAGACAACAGCAUGAAAUUGGUGAUCAAACUUCUGUCCAGAAUGCGUUAAAAGAUUGUCAGGUAACAUGUCCGGUUAUCUAACA